AUGGAAGAGAAGAGCACCGUGAGGUUCGGGGAAUGUUUGAUCCCUGGUGCCAAAUUUCUCGAAUCCCCUAAUGAUAGAGAGCAAACGGAAUCAUCCUCUCCAGCCUCCAGCUCGCCCCCUGCUAGGCAGAGUAUGAUUGUCGUGCUUAAGUAUCGGCGUCCAGCGGAGGAGAGCUACGGACGGAUUCCUCCACAAUGCGAUGAUCCAGCAGCGCCCGAAUUGGUCAGCGUGUAUGACAAUACAGCCCGUGUAGGCAUUCCCGUGAACUUUUCAGACCCUCCCACUCUGGUCAAAACCGAGCCCGGCUCUGGGAUCUUGAAACUGCCACUCAUGCCGAUUCCAGCUAUCUAUGUCUCUUGGCGAUCUGAUGCCAUUCAGCCAUUCUAUAACCUUCCUGACGGCUCACAACUUGAUCAGUCCGUUGCUGCCGAUGGCAACUCCUUUGAGGACCAUGCAGGGUUUCUCCCUGAGAUGACUGGCGACAGCAAUGGCUUCUUGCACGAAGGACUUCUGCAGGUAUAUGAGGGCAACCUGGAUCUGGAGGGAAACUUUGAGGUGUGA